GGUGGAGAAGACGGCGCCCGCGCUGGUCUACGUGGAGAUCGUGGGCAGGCACCCCUUUUCGGGCCGUGAUGUGCCCAUCUCCAACGGCUCUGGGUUCCUGGUGUCCCCGGAUGGGCUCAUUGUGACCAAUGCCCACGUGGUGGCGAACCGGCGGCGCGUGCGGGUGAAGCUGGCCAGCGGCGAGCAGUACGACGCCGUGGUACAGGACGUGGACCAGGUUGCAGACAUCGCUACCAUCAAGAUCAAGCCUAAGCACCCGCUGCCCACCCUGCCCCUCGGGCACUCCUCGGAGGUGCGGCAGGGAGAGUUCGUGGUGGCCAUGGGCAGCCCGUUCGCUCUGCAGAACACCAUCACCUCUGGCAUCGUCAGCUCUGCGCAGCGGGGCAGCCGGGAGCUGGGCCUGGCCGCCUCCGACAUGGAGUACAUCCAGACCGAUGCCGCGAUUGACUUUGGGAACUCCGGGGGCCCCCUCGUCAACUUGGAUGGUGAAGUGAUUGGGGUGAACACGAUGAAGGUGACCUCGGGCAUCUCUUUUGCUAUCCCCUCAGACCGGCUGCGGAAGUUCCUGCAAAAGGAGGAGCAGCGCAAAAGCUCUUGGUUUGGCAACACAGAGACAAAGCGCCGCUACAUAGGGGUGAUGAUGCUGACUCUGACACCGAGCAUCCUGGCUGAGCUGAAGCUGCGUGAUCCCAGCUUCCCCGAUGUCUCCUACGGAGUGCUAAUCCACAAGGUGAUCAUCGGCUCCCCGGCCCAUCAGGCAGGGCUGAAGGCGGGCGACGUUGUGCUGGAGAUCAAUGGGCAGGCAUCACGCCGUGCUGAGGACGUCUACGAGGCCGUGCGGACGCAGCAGAGCCUGGCCUUGCUGGUGCGGCGUGGCUACGACACGUUGCUGGUGAGCGUUGUCCCCGAGGUGACGGAGUAGCGGCACUGCCGCGCGGGCCGAGGGCGCGGGGCUGAGCUGUGUCUGCGCGCCGGCCAGGGACAGGUUGAGACCUGGAGAGGGACUGGAAGGGGCCAGGCAGAGGGGCCCGGCCCGGUGCUUGGGAAGACUCGUGGUACAACUGGUCCCCUCUGUACUCAAAUAAAGCACUUUUUUAGGGA